UACUGUCACUGUAAGACGUCUUCGAUUUCAAUACUCACCUUCUUCCAAUUCUAACCAAUUUCUCGUUUAUUUUAUUGCUGGAUCUGAUUGCUAGAGCCAUGUGAUAACAACGCGCCGCCGACCCCUUCGGGACAGAACCCAUUCUGUUUUGAUGACCGUCGACAGCCGUAAAAAGGUGCAGUCACGAAGGAAGGUGAAGACGUGAUCAAACAGUUCCCGCCCAUCUUUACCUCAUUCGUGGUUUAGCAGACGUCUCUGAACACCUGCAAAGCGAUGCGUCUUCAAGUCCAAAUUGGUACCGAAUGCGUGGUUGUCCCAUGCAAACCUGAUGAUACUAUUCACGCUGUGGCCAAGAAGUCGGUCGAAAAACUUCGUCGUCUCCGUCCAAAGCUACCACUUGCUGAUGACUACUUCGAAGUACGUAGAACUGUUGGAAACUCGCUUUUGGACCCUGAAGAUUUGGUUUCCGACGUUCUGAAAGAUAGUGAUUUCAUCAUUGUCGCUGCAAGCGUUGAAGAAACAGAGGAUGCGAAGGAAGCUAAAAAGCAAGAAGAAAUUGACAAUGCUCGUGCUGAAAUUGAAAAGAUUGACAACCGGAGAAGAAAGGUUUCGUUUGCUGAUUCUUUAGCUCCGAUGGUGUUGGCCCCACCCACAAAACUGCUCAUUCUGGAUGGAAACAGUUUAUUGCCUGAAGAUCUUGUGAGAUGUGAAAAGGGAGAGUGUGCUAUUCAAUUGUCCAUGGAAUCGGAAGACCGUAUCAGAAAAGCAAGAACUUUCUUGGAAAAGAUUGCUUCGGAACAUAGAGCUGUUUACGGAGUGACCACUGGAUUUGGAACUUUUUCAAAUGUCACUAUCCCUCCAGAGAAAUUGAAGAAACUUCAACUCAAUUUGAUCCGUUCCCAUGCAACUGGUUAUGGAGAACCACUAGCUCCAAACCGUGCACGCAUGUUACUGGCUCUUCGUAUUAACAUUCUUGCAAAGGGACAUAGUGGUAUUUCUGUGGAGAAUAUCAAGAAAAUGAUUGCUGCUUUUAAUGCAUUCUGCGUUUCGUAUGUUCCACAACAGGGAACUGUAGGUUGCUCUGGCGAUUUGUGUCCACUUGCACAUUUGGCGCUCGGUCUCCUCGGAGAAGGAAAAAUGUGGAGCCCAACCACUGGUUGGCAACCGGCUGAUGUAGUUCUGAAAAAGAACAACCUUGAACCUCUUGAACUGGGACCUAAAGAAGGGUUGGCACUGAUUAAUGGAACACAAAUGGUGACAGCACUUGGAGCAUAUACCCUCGAAAGAGCCCAUAAUAUUGCUCGCCAAGCUGAUGUCAUCGCCGCCCUUUCACUCGAUGUUUUGAAAGGAACUACCAGGGCUUAUGAUCCAGAUAUUCACAGAAUCCGCCCUCAUCGUGGGCAAAAUCUUUCUGCUUUACGCUUACGCGCCCUUCUUCACUCAGAAGCUAACCCAUCUCAAAUUGCAGAAUCUCAUCGUAACUGCACCAAGGUUCAAGAUGCUUAUACGCUCCGGUGCGUCCCACAAGUACAUGGAGUUGUACACGAUACCAUUGAAUUUGUUCGUGAAAUCAUCACCACCGAGAUGAACUCUGCCACCGAUAACCCAUUAGUAUUUGCCGACAGAGAGGAAAUUAUCAGUGGUGGUAACUUCCACGGCGAGUAUCCAGCGAAGGCUCUUGAUUUCUUGGCGAUUGCCGUUGCCGAGCUUGCUCAGAUGAGCGAACGCCGUUUGGAACGUUUAGUGAACAAAGAGCUCAGUGGACUUCCAACUUUCUUGACUCCAGACGGUGGUCUAAACUCUGGCUUUAUGACUGUUCAACUUUGUGCUGCAAGUUUGGUUUCUGAAAACAAGGUACUAUGUCAUCCAUCUUCGGUCGAUAGCAUUCCAACCAGCUGCAACCAGGAGGAUCACGUAAGCAUGGGUGGAUUUGCAGCCCGAAAAGCACUUACCGUAGUUGAGCAUGUUGAAGCUGUUCUAGCCAUGGAAUUGCUAGCUGCAUGCCAGGGAAUUGAAUUCCUCAAACCGUUGAUUUCUACAGCUCCUCUUCACAAAAUUUACCAACUUGUUAGAUCUGUGGCACCACCGCUCAACGAAGAUCGCUAUAUGAAACCUGAGAUCGAUGCUGUGCUUGAAAUGAUCCGAGAAAAUCGUAUCUGGGAAGCAGUUCUUCCACAUUUGGAAACUUUGGAGGCUAUGGAGGAGCUUGACCCAGAUGCCCUCCGUCAAUUCACAAAGACACCAACUGGAAUUGUUCAGGAUCGUUCAAUGAUCCCAAUUUCCGAUGAUGAGGAAAGCAUUGAAUAAUAAACAACCAGUAUUCAAAUUUCAUUCAUUAUAUUUUAUAUACCGUAUUUUUUCACCAAAUCAAUUGAAUCAUCAUAAUCACAGACAUAAAUCAAUUACUCCGCAAAAGAAAAUACUUAUUA